AAAGGUAGUCUUCCUGGGUGAGAGAGGGCAGGAAGGCUGUGUACUGCUCCCCAAGUCAGCCUUGCCCUCUCCCCUGGGGUGCUGGUGAGACACUUCACCCCUUUGAGGAGUUUGUUCUAGCACUUUCACAAAAUAGAACAAAUUAUUCCUUGAAAUGCUGCCAUAACUAGCACCUUUGUUGAUAACAGAACAAAGUCUUUUUUGUUCCGACACUGCUGGGUUUUAAGUCAGGUAACUGGGCUGAGGAACAGUUGAGAAUUGGAGAGGUUUACUACCAGCAAAUGAGUAAACUUACAUUUUAUCUGGAGGUGCAUAUUCACACUGUUUCCUAAGUGUCUAAUUCUACUUUAUGCAAAGAGUUUUAUUUAGCUUCUGUGUGUUUAAAUUGAAACAGCAGGCUUGGGCAGCAGUUCCGGAAUAACUCUGGGCCCAGUGAGGAGACCCGUCUGCUGUCGCACUAGUUGGUCCUGAGUGGGAUGUUUCCUCACAUCUGCCCCUUUUCCCAAUUCCAUCUGCCUGCUGCCGUCUGUAAUUGCUUUGAUCUCUCCUCAGGCCACCUUUUCCUGUGGGUCCUUUUAUUUACCGAUGAUUGCUUUUUGACAGACACUCGAGUUUCAAGUUAAAACUCGUUGGUGAUGUUGGAAGAGCACAUUGAUGAGGUGUGAGAAAAACGAGAACAUGGGAAGGCUCGGGUUUCUGAGUUUCUGUUUCGGCCACUAAGCAGUUUCCAUCUGGCCACAGGAGCACCCUGAGCUCCGGAAGUUCUGGGAGCUGUGAACCUUGACAGCCUCUGGAAUCAGACCCCGCUGCAGGUUGCUCCGUUCUUCAGCACACUGGGAAGUAAACGGAAGAAAGACUUGACUCGCUACUCGGUUUUAGGCCCACAUUUGCCGUGUAAUGGCAGAUCUACAGAAAGGAGAGAGAAAGAUCUUCCAUCUUCUGGUCUUCAAAUGACUGCAACAGUAGGAACUGAGCCAACCUGAAGCCUGAAGCCAGGAGCCAGGAGCUGCUUCUGGGUCUCCCACAUUGGUGCAGGAUCCCAAGGCGUUGGGACAUCCUCUGAUGCUUUCCCAGGUCACAGCAGGGAGCUGGAUAAGAAGUGGAACAUCCAGGACACGAACCAGCAUUCAUAUGGGAUGCUGGCAGCCCAGCUCACUGAGGAGUGUGUGAUAAGGCGACUGUCUAUAGAUGUGCAGGCAGAGCUGGAACAGGGAGGUGCUCUGCCUUUCCUGGAGCCCCUGUGUGUGUGUUGGCAGGGGGAGGGGAGGACAGUGUGAUCAGAGGAUGCACCAGUGUAGCUGCCAGGUCAGGAAGGAGCUGCUGCUCUUGGGCCCUGAGCUUGGCUGCUUCAUCCUGACAUAUCCAACUCAGAGUGGUGUCCGGUGGAUGCCUGGACUUCCCGAUUAAAAAUUAUAACCCACUGUUUUCAAGAAUACUUAUUCUUUGUAUUAUAGCAGUUGAAGAUAUUUAGACAUGCAUAUUUGUUAGCAAAAUUGUUUUGUUUCUGGGUAACUGAAUGUUUAGAUUAAGCUGUCUUUUAUUAGUUGAAAUUCUUUUAAGGGUAAAAAUUUUCACUUCUAAUGAGUUAUCCCUUUCGACAUUAGGUUGAGAUCUGUUCUUGUGCUUGUAUGCAGUGUGCUUUGUAAGUUACUUGUGGAUGAAGUAACAUAAGAUCAGCAUUUAUCAUUAGUUGUUCCCAUCAAGAGGAGCUAUGUAUUGGAGCUCAAUUUCUGUGCUGUGUGUAACAUGCUGUGGGGAGAGAAAUGGACAUGUGGGCCAUGGGGAUGGGCUGACACUGGAUGGCCCAGUGUUUGUGGAAAAAGUGCUGAAGAGGCUUUAUCCCCCUAUUCCAAGUGGUCAAGAACAGAAGACUUCCGAGCGGCUAGCCUCCGAAGGGCCACAAGGGGCCAGGGUCCCUGAGGCUGUGAGACCCACGCCUGUGCAGCCUGUGACAGAUGGUGACACCAGGUGCCUGCCUGAGAGGCGUUUCUACACUGUGAGCCUGCCCCCUGAUGGCUAUCUGCCUAACACGCCCAGCUGCCUGGACUCUGCCAGUGUGUCCACUGGGGAAGAAGCAGAAGACAAAAAGUUCACUUCAAAAAAGAAAGAAAAAUACCAGCAUAUUCCAACUGAGGUGCUCCCUGGCUACUCUUCAGCAUCAGAUCAAGAUUGUCAGGAUCAACCAAAGAGAAAAAGAAUUAGAAAGCAUAAAUCAAGGAAAAAUGUAAAAAAAGCCAAUAUUGUUCAUGUAAAACAAGCAGAAUUAGAGAAGCAGCCGAGUCUCUUACAAGAAAAGUUACAACACCAGCACACAGAUGGCCCCUCGAUCAGCAAAAAUAAAAAAAGGAAACUGAAGAAGAAACGACAAAUUAAAAGGAAGAAAGCAGCUGGUUUGGUGACAAAGGCCUCUGGUGUCAACUUCAUGUACCAGCCUAUGGAGAGCCACAGUGAACAAGAGAAUGAAGGAUACAGUGAGCGGGGAGCAAGAAACACAAGCGAGGAGGAGGAGGCUGGAGACGCCGAUGAGGAGGAGGUCAGAUUCAGCAACGAAAAAGCGGACGGUGUCCUGGCCUUGCUAAAAUCAAUGCAAGAAGCUUAUUUUUAUGACGGUCUUUCCAGAGACUUGGACCCCACAGUGUGUGUGGAGACCACAGAGGAGCUGCUGAGGUGCCUUGAGUCCCGCUGCCUGCCUCCCACAGAUGUCUUCAUUCUUGACCACAUGAGGACACUGUUGCUUCUGCAAGACACGGAACGGCUGGCAAGUGCUCUACAGAUCUUCCCCGAGCACUGCGCCAUGCCUCCUGACCAUGCCAAGGUGAUCUCUGCCUUCUUUAAUUACUGGAUCACGCAUGUCCUUCCUGAGAAAAGCAGUGACUGAAACCAGUGUCCUUCUUCAAGGAGAGCUAAUAUCAGGCACGAAAACAUAAAAGACAAACGUGGGCUGAGAACUGACAUACAAAGAAGAGUAAUUCUCAGUAACUGAGAGCUAGUAACCCAAAUCCAGGAAUUCCAUAGACCCUGCCGCCAUGCUGCAGGUUCCUGCGUUUCUGUAUGCCGACUGAGACCCUAACCCUAACCCUGAACCUUCAACUCAGGCACUGGAGUGAAAUUUACGUUUUCCACUUGUAAUUUCAUACAUCCUGAAUUGAGUCUGUUUGUCCAAUUCCUAUGAAAAAUGGAAAUGAACAUUCUCUUAAAUUCAACUCUAUAGUUUGAAGCA